AUGUGUGAAGAAGUGCACAGCGGCUACCUCUUCUGUGCCACUCAAGAUUACCAAAGCGAUACGGCGACGUUCACCUGCGGCAAAGAAGGAAGUAUGCGCCCUCCGCCCUUUGAGCAGAUUUUUGAGGGACCGUUGUACAAAGCGACAGCGGCGCUGAAAGACGUGCUCAAGACGGGGAAGCUUGAGGAUAUUGGAAAGCUGUCUGAGGCCCCGGUCUGCGCGUUACCAGUGACACACCUGCCGAAAAAAGAGUCUUUCCUCGGCUACAAGUGCACGUACGAAGCGCAGGGCAAAGAGCCUUUAGAGCCACCUACCUCAAAACAGUGCAGUGCAACUGUGAUGGUCUCUGCCGCACCUUAG